AUGCUGGGCGAAUACUACGGCGUCAUGUCAAAGAACGCCGUGGUCAAGGCCCCUGGACAACACCCGCCGUUCGAGGGCGCCGCCACGGGCUACCUCGCCGAGCUCCAAGGGAAUCGGGUGGCCGUGACGGACGAGACGAGCCCGGGCGAGCGCGUCGACCUGGGAUCCGUGCUCAUGAUGACCGGCGGGGGCAAAAUCACCUCCCGGCUCCUCUUCCAGAACAACGUCUCCUUCCGCUUCAUCCACACGCGCUUCAUCCAGACCAACUACGACCCUAAGAUCCCUCCAACCCUGGCCAAGCAGCCAAACAUCGACCGCUGUCUCAUCGUGGUUUGCUUCUCAAACGAGUACGUGUCCGAGAACAAGUUUGACGAGACCAACCCGAAUCACAGGCAUGUGGACAUUGGGUUGAAGGACCAGAUGGAGAGUCUGGCGGUGCGCGAGGAGUUCCUCACGUUUCUCGUCCAAGGAAGUCGGGCUUGGUACGAGGACCCCACGGUCUCGCGCAAUCAUCCGCCGGCCGUCCAAGAGGCCUCGAUUGCAUGGCUGCGGCGCGGAGACAAGCUGCAGAUCUUCCUGCAGUCGGAACACUGCGAGCACGACGCACCGACGACACCCAACAAUGCCAAGAGGCCUGACCCCCUCGGCUUGACCCCCUCGGCUUGA